AUGAUGUCGUAUGUUGUACCGUUUGUGAUUCUGGUGAUUCCCAUCAUGUUCACCAUUGUGUCUGGAAUCGUUUGUGAUAAAAAACGCAUCAAGUAUCACAAUCAUAAGGAAGAAUAUUGUGAUGCACAUAAAUUUUGUUUCACCAUGGGUGAGGCCGAUGGCAUGAUGGGUUUGAUGGCUGGAAUAUGUUUAGGAGUUAAGGAUGAUACCAGACCGAAGAACCGAUGGAUCAAUCUGAACGCGCUCAUGCACAAAACUGAUACUCAAAAUGAGAAUCACUGGAUAUUCGGUGAUGGUGAUUGGGUGAGCAUAAACAAACAAGAGAAGCACCGUCCCAAGUGGGAUGCCUUAAUGCUUCCGAGCGCUCAAGACAGGGUAGCUUUUUUAAACACAAAAGGAUUUAUAGAACGUACUCGAACGAGAGACAAAAGCUUUGAGUUCGCUUGCCACAUGUUUCCCUGGGAUAGAGAGCAAGCAACCAAGGUGUAUCUGGAGAAGUACAGAAUAAGUGGCGGUGAAGCGGGCGAUACGUGGAGUGCGGUCACUGACGACUCCGCGGGAUGCGUUCGGCAUUAUCCAAAUAUGACUGCAAUCAGCUGUGCAUUGUAG